UUCUUUUUUUAUUUUAAUACAGGGUAGUUAAUAAACUGAAUGGAAACACUGUUUAGAAACUGAGAGGCUGCAGACAAACAUGGAUAACUUACUGAAGAUUCUAGAAGAAGAUGACCUUUCACAAUUCGACAGUCAAGAGCUACAGGCCAUGGUGAAAGAGCUGACCGCAGCAGUGAGUGAAGCAGAGCAAAAGUUGGAGGUGGCACAGAGAUGUAACCAGAGUCUUGAGCAGGAUAUUCAAAGUAGAACAUUUAAAAGAAUUAAUCUAGCAAGAGUUUUAUCUGAGAAUGUGGAAUUAAAUGAGGCACUUUGUGAACUUGAAAAAAUUAGACAACGCAAAGAGAUCUCAACACAGAAACUUCAAGAAUACUCUGAACAGCUCAGCAGCUUGGCAGAAAAUGAGAAGCUAGAGAUGGAGUCUGAGAUAAUUACCCUGGAAAAAGAGGCAGUAGCUUUAGCUGAUGAAAAGAAAAACCUCAGCAACUUAAUUGAAGAAGCAAAGCAGAACCUUUCAAUGGUUGAGUUACAGUGUGAAGCAGAAGAGGCAGAAGUAAAUCACCUGAAAAAUGAGUAUCUCCAGAAAGGCACUGGACAAUCAUUCAGUAAGAUGGAAAGGGAAAUUCUGGAUGAGCGUGUGACCAAACUGCUACACUUUAGUGAAGAUGAAGGAGAAGGCUCGGAUAAAUAAAAAAAAAAAAAAAAAACUGAAAACAAUCCUCGUUGUAGUUACGCUAUUUUACAAGGUGAGCAAAGUUAAGCAUUAAGAAGGUAUAAACUGAAGAAAUUUCAUUGUAUUUGUUGUAUGACAAUUUUCAAUACUUUUUACAGUUAUUGGAUAUAUAAAAAAAAUCCACUUAAGUAAAAUAGUAAAGUGCAAGUGAAAACACCUGCAUAUUAAGGAUGUUUCCCUGUUAAGUAAAAACAAGAUGGUUAGAUGUUACACAGAAUAAAUAAAUGCUCAGUACUGAUUUGUUAAAUAUUGACUUUAACAUGUUUAUUAUGAUACAAAUUGGCCUGUACAUGCUCAAUCCUACAGUGGGUCAAGGGGGGCAGGAGGCUAUAGCUGCAGCAAUAUAUUUAUGUACAU